AUGGUAACACCAUUGAAUGAUAAUGCAAUCCCACCGGCAACCGUUGAAUACUUGUUGCGCCCCCGUCGAAAGGGGCCGAUUUUCACGCCUGUGCAGAAGGACUGGUUGAAAGAUCAUAUACCACAGUAUAUGCAGUGGCCUCCUACCUCAGAUGAGACGAUCACAUUCGUACAGACCAUGCUUAUUGAUUUCGACCACAUGUGGCCUCUUCACCAGAAGUUGUGGCCCGGGUCGAAUGUUCACAUUUUGCUAACCGACAGCAUGCAUGCCAAAUUAACGGCAGAGAUGCUGAUUCUUCGAGGGAAUAUCAAGGGCCACAUGCUGUGGACAACGCGACGUAAUCUGCGUCGCGAGAAGAAUCGAACGGGAAUUGAGCCGCGGAAAUGGUUCUGUGAUCCGCCAUUUCCCAAAUCCAAGGAAGUCAUCCCAUCCUCCAUUUCUUGGACGUCCGACCCCGCCGGCCUAUGGAGUAUAAAUUCAGAACGUGUCGGACAGAUACCAUGGUAUCUGUCCCGACUGGACGGUCUCAUCAAUCUUCUCCAGUGUCUUUCCCUCGACGAUCAAAAGACACUAUCUCAGGCCUUAGACAUUGGCACGGACAUGGGCACCGAUGGUGAUACAUCCAAUGCUUCGGCAAUGUUACAGAUAACAUCACCUCCCAGGGAAGCUGCACCAGUUGCUUCUCCUGGCGCAGCUGCUGCCCAUAGUGCUGGCACCACUCCUACUUCUGCCCCCGCAACUGCACAUGCUGCUGCUCCCACUGUGGUUGUUCCUGCAGGGCAUGUCACUGUCUAUGUCGAUUACGAGGAAAACGACUCCUCUGAUGACGAAGAUGCGGCUGCUGCAGCUGCUGCACUUGCGAAUGAUUCCACAUUGAUUCAUUACCGCGAUACCUACUUCAAUGUCCCAGUUGAUGCCACCCCCCGCUCUAUUAUGGAUGCAACCGGUCCCAAAGUGCUCGGUGUCUCUCGAGCCAUCUACCACAAGGUGGAUUCCAUCGAGCAAGGGAUAAACAUCGUGAAGGGUGCAAUUGAUCGCGGUGAUGCUUCGCAGGCCUUCUUGUCGCAAAAUGAACGGUUUUUCUUGAAUGUCGAAGAAAAGGCAGAAGCUGCACGCACUUAUAAACGAGCUUACUAUGCACGUCACCGCGAUAAGCUAUGUGCGCAAAAAAAGGAGAUAUACAAGGGGAAGGAAGAUAGGCUGUGUGAUAGGCCUGUCACUGUAGGAAGGCCACGCUCACACCAUACAGCUGAGGAGAAAAUUGAAGCUGCACGCCGAUCCCGGAAAGCCUAUUAUGCUCGUAACCGUGAGGAGAUCCGUAUCAAAUAUCAAAACAAAUCAAAUUCAAAGGCCUUGGACAAUACCAGUAGCCUCAAACCGGCGCGCUCAGUACGAGAUGCACACAACAAACGCAAAAACAAAUGGGCAAGGCAAUGCGAUGACAUCGAUGCCAGCCUGCAGGUCCUUAUUGGGUCAUCGUCAAGCACAGCAUUGGUUGAGGGCCUUUGUGAGCUCUUCAUAGCAAACCCGGAUAAGCCAGAUUCGUUGGACGUCCUGCGGUCUGCUCACAAUGGGUUGGAAGACCUCCUUAUGCGUGCGCAAACUGUAGAAAACGAUGUUCUUGAGGAAUGUGGGACAGGGCAGGACCUCAGUCGGGCACAUAGUUCUGUGUCUCAUAUGGCGCCGCGUACAUGGCUGACGCAGGAGGAACUGGCCUUCAUCGCAACUUUUGAGGAUGAUUACCUCGAAUGCCAAAAGAAGGGGAACUAUACCACUUUUUGGCAACCCUUCUUCGAACAAUGGGAGGAACGAUGGCCCGCGAGGGCUUCCUUGUUUCCAGGUAUUCCUAUGGAUCAAGUUCUCACCGCGGCUCAAUUAGAGGAGAACGAAAAAUUCAAAGCCGCACUUCAGAAGGUCUAUUUCUUAUUUUUCAUGCAUGGUAUUGGGGACUUACAUUGCAUCCAGCGCCUGACGGUCAAAUUCCGUAAUGAUUAUGGUAAUUCAAAGCCUGGCCGCAAAGCGGCUGCAGCGGGCAAUUCGGCUGUCCACAAACUUCUCAGCAAUAUCGUUAAGGGACCCACAGCUGGUCGGAAACGUCCUCUCAAGGAAAGCGAAGUCUACGCUAAAAAGUAUUAUACUACUCGAGUCCAGGCCAGCGUUAAAGAUGAGCUAAAAGCCAUCAAAGAACAACCUGACGUCCCCGAUCCCAAGAAGACGAACCUUCGGGUGAUCCGAAAGCAUGUUGACCGCUGCUGGGAGAAUGAGUCCGUUGAGGUGAAAGAGGAAAUCUCUCAACUUACGAGAGAGAUGAGGGAAGCAGCGCGCGAGGCGGCGAAGGGGAGGAAAUCAUCUGAGGUGACCAAUGAUCUAAUUAUACCGAGACUUACAGAAAUUCUCUCAACUUUCUUCGGAGAGCUUCAUGAGGCCACAGGAUGGACAUUCAGCGUCCUCCUCGGUGGCCCUGACCCAUCAAAUGGGGGUGCGAUUGAUGUCAGCAGCUUACAUGUAGGGUCAACGAAACUCGGUAAUCGAUUUAACCACGCGUUUUCUAACGAUAAUGUUAUGCUGCCCUACUACGAGUUUGUGUCUCAUGUUUUCCCUGAAGCUGGGACUUCAAAUAAAACACCCGCUCCAGACGAUAUGCUUACAAACGAUGAUCCUCCAAUGCCUAUGCCUGUAGCGCCUGAUACAUUACAUGGUUCAAACCCCACAUCCCAAGAGGCAGACUUGGCACCUAUCUUGGCACCUAUCUUCCCUCCCACGCACUUAGCGCAAGAAGAGAAUUUCUUCCAACACCUGCCCCCCGCUCCUCAAGACAAUGAGAUCAACCAAGAGCUGGAUAGGCCCAUCAUCCCCAUGCCAGAGGGCUAUGUACCCUUCUGUCCACCACCGCUAGCGCCACUCACUUUGGACCCUAUGUCUUCCCCCACCGCAUUUCUUAAUCUGGAUUCAAAUCUCGAGAGUUUUGACGAUGCCCUCAAAUCCAUGCAGUUCCAGAACACCACCACGGGAUUGCACCACGUCGGUCAUCACACCCUCGCACCACAGUCUUCCACCACACCCACCAUCACACCCUCUCCAGCUGCACCCACAACUACCAUACCCAUCACCACAUCCUCAGUAGCUGCACCCACGACUCCUGUGACACUGGGAACAAGGCCUUCGCAGCUUAUUUCUGGGGUGGGACUUGAUGCUCAAAACCCCAGCAACGUUGUAGAUGAACGUCCGGCAAAGCGCCAGAAACGGGCUCAAUGCACACGUGCAGGAGAGACAGAUCCGCUACAGGCUGUCUCCUCCAGCCGAGGGAAACAACAAAGAUUCCAGUCCACUCGAGCUGCUGCCGCCAAUGCGAUUGGUUAA